AUGCGACUGUCCGCGAAACAGGUAGACAACUGUUAUAACGAGGCAUUAUUGGCAUUUGUUUACUGCCGUUACUAAGGAAUGCAUUUAUAUUUAUCUCACGCAAACGUAACGGUAUUACUUCUGUGUAGGUGUUCGGAAAAAUUGACAAACGCAUAUAUGCGUCCUUAGUCCAUGCCGGACACUUACAGAAAACGCAUAUAUGUGUCCUUAGUCCACACCGAUAGCUUUCGCCAGACGCAUAUAUGCGUCCAUAACACUCUAAGGAUUAAAAUAAAUAAUCGCGACGUAACGGUUUCCAUAGACCGAUUAAAACCCGCGUUUAUAGUUCCGGAUGACCUAGAGAAACAAACCGCCGAUUCUGGUAACGUACUGAUUCCGACGAAAACAGUGCAAGCGACAACGAUCGAACCGCGGAAGAAAACACUAGGAAUAGAUACGUUACGCGGUCUGGUUUCUGGCAGGUUUCGGGUAAUAGUCGUAAAUUGUCGGACAGAGGAUAUAUUGUAUGCGUUCAACCUGUAAAAUGGUGACAAGAAAUAGUGUAAAUAAUUUUUUUACGAAUACGACCUAAGAAUAACGAUAUCGCUGGUAGUGGGGUGUUGUAGCGGCACAUGAGUCAUAAGACGAGGCGGAUCGAGUGCGACUCAUGUUAUUGUUUUGCCUCAGGAUAUUGGCACACCCUUGACACACGAAACCUAAUGAUAAAUAAACUCCGGGCAAUACAAUGUUGCCGCUACGUGCAACCGUCGAACAAAGACGAAUUUGAAUUUUUCGGCUCUGCCACAACCAGUAUAAAUAAACGGACACGAUCGCGAGCGAGACAGUAUAUGCCGAGUAUCUACGAAUUAGCGACCAAUAUCUACGAGAUUGUCCGAGUUAUUAUCCGCGUUAUAGUUAUCGAGUUAUCUGCGAGCGAUUACAAAGUAUCGUCGCGAAUGUAUUGAACGAGCGUCUUUCGACGGUAAAAUACUCAAACAUAAUCAGCACAUGGUUUAAGCUUCAAGUUGGAUCUCUAAGAGUACUACCGUCGAAGGAAUCAAAACGACUACCUUUCAUGCUCGUCACCUAUCAUGUUCUCAACAAUUCAGUAGCAGUCAAUGGUGAGCUUGCGGUUUACGGUCAUGGAAAAUGAUCAGGAAUGGGUUUUUCAAUUAGCAAAGUAGAGGUUUGACAAGCAAAUUAAAGCGAAUGUAACAGCUAUGCCGACGUAUCGAGUCACCGGCUUCAAUUGCCGUAUAACGGGUGGUCUUGUAAUACAGAUCGAAAAUGACAAACUGGAUGACAAACGACUGACUGGAACGAUGGUACCCUCAGGCCCAGCCCGCGUAUUGCCCGCACCGCGCAGUCUGCGGCAAGCUCACCAUGGCGCAGCGUCUUAUGCCACCAAAGUCCCACGGUCAGGACCAACGUUUCGUCCACGAAUGCACCAUGCGUGUGGCUGGGAAAAUGGGACAGCUAGGCACCGCAACUCCGCGCUCGACGAGCCGCCGCCUAUCUCUAUCUCAGGAUCCCAGCGGCGGGUGUGCCGGGUGCUGACAUCCAUGUCACAGCAACCAAGCCAGGUCUCCGUAUCCCAAGACAGUUUUUAGCACUUUACCAACCGACACCCUAUUAAUCGGUUUAUCUUCGCCAACGCUUACCAACCGAUAGCCGAUUAAUCGGUUUAUUGUCGCCGAAGUUUACCGA